UUCUUGUUUAAUGAUGUAUGUCAUUCUGCAGGGAUGAACAUGGACUGUUCUAUGCACUGGAUCUUGGCGGGACCAACUUUCGUGUCAUACGGGUGCAACUUGGAGGAAGACAGAAGCGUGUUGUGAAACAACAAUACCAAGAGGUCUCCAUUCCGCCUCAUCUAAUGGUUGGGACUUCCACGGAACUGUUUGAUUUCAUUGCUGCUGAGUUGCAAAAUUUUGUCCGGACUGAAGGAGAAGAUUUCCACCUACCAGAGGGCAGGCAGAGAGAACUGGGUUUCACCUUUUCUUUCCCAGUGCACCAAACAUCAAUAGCAUCGGGCACUCUAAUUAAGUGGACCAAGGGAUUUUGCAUCAAUGGCACGGUUGGGGAAGAUGUUGUGGCUGAAUUGAGCAGGGCUAUGGAGAGGCAGGGUCUUGAUAUGAAAGUUACAGCUCUGGUUAAUGAUACUGUAGGCACUUUGGCUGGCGGGAGAUAUGUCGAUAAUGAUGUUGUUGCAGCUGUAAUAUUGGGAACUGGCACUAAUGCAGCUUAUGUGGAGCAUGCAAAUGUAAUUCCAAAAUGGAAUGGGCUACUACCUAGAUCUGGGAAUAUGGUAAUCAACAUGGAAUGGGGAAACUUCAGGUCAGAUAAGCUUCCUCGUUCAGAGUAUGAUAGUGCCUUGGAUUUUGAAAGUUUGAACCCUGGCGAGCAGAUAUAUGAAAAGAUGAUUUCUGGAAUGUAUCUUGGAGAAAUUGUGCGAAGGAUCCUGCUGAAACUGGCCCAUGACACUUCGUUGUUUGGUGAUGUUGUUCCUCCAAAAUUGGAACAACUAUUUAUACUGAGGACGCCGGAUAUGUCAGCCAUGCAUCAUGACACCUCACAUGAUCUCAAACACCUGGGAGCUAAGCUGAAGGAUAUUCUCGGGGUUCCUGAUACUUCCCUCGAAGCAAGAUACAUUACUCUUCAUGUCUGCGACCUUGUCGCAGAGAGAGGUGCACGCUUGGCUGCUGCUGGUAUAUAUGGCAUUCUAAAGAAGCUGGGCAAGGACAAAGUUUCAAGUGACGGUAGUCAAAAGCAAAGGACUGUCGUUGCUAUGGAUGGUGGCUUAUACGAGCAUUACAAGAAGUUCAGUGCCUGUGUAGAAUCAACGCUCGCAGACCUGCUUGGUGAGAAGGCUGCCUCAUCAGUUGUCGUCAAAUUGGCCAACGAUGGCUCAGGAAUCGGAGCUGCACUUCUUGCAGCCUCACACUCCCAGUAUGCUGAAGCUGAAUAGUCCUAGACUCUUAUGAUCUCGAGGGACUGACCUCCGAGUAUAACCUUUUGUUUUCCUUCUUCCUUCGAUCGAGAGUUCCCCUCGUGCGAUCCACAUCUCUUUUUUGUUAUUCUGCAAACGCAUAAAUGAGUGCCUAUGCAGCGGGACAUAGCUAGUAUGGUGCCAGUGAAUUUGGAGUAUAUCAUAUGGAGCAAAGCAUUAGCAACUUCAGGGAAGUGGAAGCGGAGGGUAGAAUGAAGCCGUUCCUUUCCUGCCAAUUCUUUUUCCCUUUCCCUUUAAAGUUUGUAUCAUGAUGCGAUAUGGCAAACCAACCAGUGCUUAUCUGUGUAAUCUUCUGUCAUUCAGAAUAAAGAGGGGGACAGAAUCAUACAAUCGUACAAUUUUUGAAUGAAUGUGCAGAGCUCCUGCCUUUGUUUCAAAGAGAAAAUAAAAUCGUGAUAUUUGCUA